AAUGAUGUGUUCUAGUGAGCGAUGAAGACGGACCGAAUAGGAAAAUGGAGGCAGUUCCUCGCCGCGAUACUCGCGAACCUGGCGGCGUUCUGUGUGGGAACCAUGCUUGGAUGGACAUCCCCGAUGCAGCCACUUCUGGAGUCUGAUCCUCCUCCCGUGGGCUCAACGCCGAUGACAAGGGAAGAGAUAUCAUGGAUAGGAUCUAUAAACUUUAUUGGCGCAAUCACAGGGACUUUCGUAUGGGGCAGAGUCUCUGAUCGCUUCGGAAGAAAAACCACUGGACUCAUCAUAGCACUCCCCUUCGUAAUCGGAUGGACUGUGAUACUAUUUGCAUAUAAUCAUGUUCUGCUCUACGUCGGCCGGGUCUGCAUCGGGUUCGGAUGCAGCGGUGUGAUCAUAAAUACCCCGAUGUUCCUCACGGAGAUUUCUCAAGACAGUAUUAGAGGAUCGCUCGGCUCAUUUUUGAUGAUGUUCAUAAAUACAGGGUGUCUCUUUUGCUACAUCAUUGGUUCGUUCACAUCAUUCCAUACUCUUACUGGAAUCUGUCUAUUAAUUCCGAUAAUUUAUGUAGCCUGUUUUUCAUGGUUUCCUGAAUCCCCGGUCUUCCUUUACACAAAAGGAUCAAAGGAAAAGGCUCAAAAAUCGCUACAAUGGUACAGAGGAGACGAUCCUGCUCAAGCAGAAAAGGAAUUAAUUCUCCUGGAAGGAAGAUCGAAGAAAAGCGUAGGAUACAGGACACUGAUACAGUCGCGAGGUACUAUUAAAGCGCUACUGCUGGGGUUCGGGUUUAUCUUCGGACAACAGUUCUGUGGGAUAUUGGCCAUCUUGACCUACACCGUAACAAUAUUCAAGGAGUCAGGAAGCGGUUUGCCUCCUCACGUUUCGGCCAUCAUGGUCGGGACCUUGCAGUUGGUGUCCUCCUUGCUCUCUAUCGUCCUCGUCGACAAAGCAGGGAGGCGGAUCCUCCUCGGCACAUCCUACGCCGCGAUGGGGCUGUCAUUGUUCGCCCUGGGAGCCUACUUCAAGUUCUCCUUGCCUUACGCUUGGAUCCCAAUCACGUCGCUUUCCUUGCACGUCAUCUCCUACUCUUUCGGAGCGGGGCCGGUACCAUUCAUCUUGAUGUCUGAAAUAUUCCCGGCUCAAGUUAGAGGCCUGGCAAUAUCUGUAAUUCAGCUGCUGGGUACAUCGUUGUCAUUUGCAUCUGUAAAACUAUUUCCAAGUUUUGUAAGCCUUCUGGGCCAAAGUGGGUGUUUUUUCUUCUAUGGAGGAUGCUGUUUAGGACUUGUAUUUUUUACUUUACUCGCUGUUCCGGAGACGAAAGGCCGCACGCUUCAAUCGAUCCUCAGGCAAAUGAAUGGUGAUUCUGGAGACGAGGUUACAGACAUGGUCUCUGGAGGAAACAAGAUAGUUAUCAUGCCGAAAAAAGAACUUGAGCCAAUCAAAUAAAUCACUAUUAUUUUGAAACACCACAACCAGUAAUGUUUCUAUUUUUUGACAUUAGAUAUAAAAGUAGAACCUACUUAAUCUAAAUUUUAAGGUUCCUAAAAAAUUGUUUAAAUGAAUUCAAAGAAUAUAUUUCAAAGUAGAAAUUUCACAUAUCUUCACUGCAACUGAAUUGAAUUGUAUAUCUAUAAUAUCACAUAGAUAGGUAUUAGUUAUCUAUUGAUUUGUUUAAUAAAUCAUAGAAUUUUAAAUUUAGGUACUUAAAUUUAAUUAUAUGACAGAUGAGAAGAGAAAACUAAAACCCAAA